CCCCACACAAAACCUUCUAGUACUUUGUUUGGUUUUUUUUCUCAUUGUUUCUGCAAUGGCAGACAAAGUAUUCCCUUCCUCCAAAACCGCCGCUGCUCCACCCUCCGCUAAUGGUGGAGCAGCCGUUGCCACAACAAUCAAAACCAACGGCGGAGCCACCAAAUCCGAUCUUAUUAACCCCACACCUCGCCUACCAUACCGUCCACAACCCCGUAACAGACGCCGUCAAUACCGUCCACGGAGGAACUAUUGUUGCUGCUGCUGUUUCUGGAUCAUCCUCAUAGUCCUCAUCCUCGCACUUUUAGUGGCCAUAACCGGUACUGUCCUUUACGUCCUUUACCGCCCUUCGUUCACUCUCGCUUCCCUCCGCAUACACCGCUUGAAACUCAAGACCGCCGCCGACGGCUCCUCCUCUCAUCUUUCGACGGUCUUCAACUUAACCCUUUCUUCCAAAAACCCGAACUCCCAUCUCUCUUUCUCUUACGAUCCUUUCGUUGUUUCGUGCGUGACAAGCAAUGGCGACGUUUUGAUAGGGAACGGGACGUUGCCAGCGUUUGUGAGUGGCAGUAAAGAUGAGUCGACUUUCAGGGGGGUUGCGGUGGCGGCGUCGAUGGAUUUGGAUGCGGAGACGGUGAAUGACUUGAAGCCGGAGCUGAAGCAGGGGAGUGGAGUGUUGUUGAAGGUGGAGAUGGAUACUAAAGUGACAGCUAAAGUGGGUGGCUUGAAGAGCAAGAAAGUUGGGAUUAGGGUUACGUGUGAUGGGAUUAAAGGGGAUGUUCCGAAAGGUAAGUCGCCGGCGGUGGCUAACGUUGCUGGAGUUAAAUGUAAGGUUGAUCUCCGGAUUAAGAUCUGGAAAUGGAGUUUGUGAGAACAUUCAACAACAGUUUUCUUUCUUUAUUUUUUUUCAAUGCUUUUGUUUUCAUUGUUUUUGGUGUUUGUAAAAGAAAUUAUCAAUGAAAAACGUCCCUUCAG